AUGUUGAACCGCCGACCCAAACUAGAAGAUCUGACGGAUAUAUCAGUAGAAUGCAUAGCAUUUGCGAAGCAGCAUUUGGAAGUGAUAAAGUCACUCACAGAUGUGAAGUCGAUGUACAUUCACUGCUACCAGCUGAUGAAGCUGGGAGGAUUAGAAGCAGAGGUUCCGCGACUGGUGGUAUUUGGCCAACAGUCGAUGGGCAAAACUACGCUUCUCGACUUCAUCAUGGGAGGACCAAUAGGAUACUCAAGUACCGAUACAGGGACAAAACAGCCAGUCUCAAUCAUAAUGAAACCACUUACAACAUUAAACAAUAUUAAACAGUCUCUUUUAGAAGAAAAACAAGGAGUAAAGGAUAAAGGAACUAAAUUGGGAUAUAAAGAGCAAUCAGCUGAAGGCUCAAAUGACUCACUGAACCCAGAAGUCUUGCUAAUGGACCCGAAACUGGCUAAAAGUGGAGAGGAAAUUCUGUUAAACGAAGCAAACUCGAUCGUCUGCAGAUUCAACGGACGUUUCAUGACAAUUCACGAAGUCCAAGAUGCAAUGAGAGUGCAUAUGCAAUCAUUGGGGCAGACAAUAUUAUCAGACGAGCUGGAAGUUGAAGUGUAUGUACCAAAUGCACUGUACGCGAUAUUUGUGGAUCUACCAGGCAUCAAAGAUGACUCGAAAGUAGGCGCUGAACUCACCAGAAACGUAGUAAGAAACUACGUGUCAAAUAACCCAAAUGACCUUUACAUCCUAGUAAAAAAAGCUAGCGAUGAUCCCAGUAAUUGGCCCUGGUCAUUAAAGGAGUUCAUAACAUCCUCAGCACCAGCAGGACUGGGACUGACUCCACAACAGACAAUGGUAGUAGGAACUAGAGCAAAGGAAUUCCUGAUAAACGAGAAAACAGAUAUCAAAACGCACGAAGAACUUAUUGAAAGAGUAUAUAAAAGAGGAGUAAUAGAUUCUAAAGGCCAAAUGCUCCCCUUGCACCUACUUGAGCUAUUUUCAUUAUCAAUCCAAGCGAAAGAAAGUGGAGAUUUCCUGAGUAAUAGAGAUGAAAUGAAAGCACAAAUUUCAUCAUCACAACGACAAAUAUACGACCUCUUGCUGAACUCAUUCAACGGCACAUCACUUAAUACGGAUGAAGCAAACCGCCUACGCGAUGAGCUCUUUAACAUUUUCAGCAUCGAUUCGUUCUUGAAAACACUAAAUUAUAAGUUCCAGCACCUAAUGAAUAACCAGCUUAAUAACUUGGAACGCAGAUUAGUAAGGAAAAAGAUAGAACUAGAGAGACAAAUCGCAGUCAUGGAAGGAAAACUGAACAGAUUCUCACCACAAACACUCAGAGAAAGCAUUAAACAGUUUAUACGCCAGUUGAUAGAGGUGGUCCACAACAUGAUAACAGGAAACUAUACAAUAAUGAAGUUGCCAAUACCAGCGGAACAGUUCCUUAAAACUUACGGAGGUAACUUACAAGAUAACCUACAAGAUGGCCAUGAACUGGCACUAAACUUGUUCCCAAUGCCUGAAAUGUAUGACCCGGAGUUCUACUCGAAAAUAACCAAGCGCACAGAAAUAUUGUAUAAAAAGAAGUUAACAAUGAUGGACUCCAUUAAACCAGGAAGAUACGUACGUUACUUCACAUCAAAAAUCAAUUCACACAUGUUCGGCCUCAUAGAGCCACCAUCAAGAACAAACCUCAACUCCGCCAACACUAACAGCCCCGACAUAACAUUUGAUCUCCUAAAUAAGGACUACUCGUCAGAUGAGUUAAUCAACGUAGAGUUUAUCCAAAUAAACAACGGAGUAGAAACUAGCCUUCACAAAAAUAUUGACCGCAACAAGCUUAUCCUGCUGACACCACUACCGAGUGUCUCAUUGGAAAGACUACAAGUCCCAUUGUAUGCCUGGCAUAAAACACAAGCAUCAACAGGCUGGGUUCUGGUGAGACCAAUAGUGAUUGACAGACUGCCCCCAGAGAUACUCAUACAGAAGUCAAACUACCGCGAAGUCGAUAUCGCCAAUAAACAGAUCUCAUUCAGAUACUUGGAUGAUUUAGGAGCACCAACCACCGCAUCAGGAUACCCAUCCGAUACACAUAACAACUACAGUGAUAAUGUGGGCACUGUAACAGGCCAACAUUCGAGUUCAGCAGACUAUAACAUGGAUGGCACUAGCAUGGACAAAAAGGAUGAGAAAAAAUUCAAAACCAAACUCGAUAAAAUCGAUCGCAUGGAAAAGUUUGAUAAAAUCGACCGCGUCUCGUCAGACAAGUCCGACAAAUCAGCAGAAAAGUUGGACAAGUCAGUUGACAAGCCAGACCGCACAACCAAUGACAGAUACCUGUAUUUUACAAACUGCAGUGAGAUUUACCUCGAAGACAGAACCUCAAUGCCCUAUUAUAACAGCGCAUUGGAGAUGGUAAGCGGAGAACAUGCAGAUAGUAAUUUGCUGAACCAAUUGGCAUUCACUAACGUUAGCCACUGGCUAAAGUUCCAUAUUAAGCACAUGGAGCCAGAACAUGUUUAUACGAGUGGAGUUUUGUACCAAAUGUUGAGAAGUAUUCAUCAUGUGGUGGAUAGAGCUGAUUGGGAGCCACUGGUUGCGGAUUUAGUCCAGAGUAAUGUAAGGGGCACUCUACUCCACGCAUCGAGACUUAGCGCCUGUGCAUGCGCAGCAGCACUAAGACGUGUACUCAGAGCUUCACUAGAAGAAGUCUUCCGCUGCAUUAGGAUCAACGACCUCGACCAUUCUUUGCUGGGUCUGUCUGAAAGCCUGCACUUCCAAGAACAAAUCGACCAAUUGUCCGAGGAGUUCUGCAGACAGAAGGCACUUGAGUGCAGCAAUGACAUGAAAAACUUGAUCCUCGAACAAACCUACUCAAUCCAGUUCGACGUCGCAGUUGACAUCUUCGACAGCUGCAGUGAGUUCGAGAAGUAUUUCAUCAACACGAACAAGUACAGAGGCCACAUGCAGGAGUUCUUGAAUAAUGUUAAGGAGAACAUGGCAAUCAGGAAGAGGAGAUUAGCAAUGAAUGAUUUAUUUGAAAAGGGAGACACCAAGAACUCAAUCGAGUUGAUUUAUGAAGAAGUCAAGGUACAGUUCUGGGCCACCAAGAUGCUCCUGUCCUCCCCACUCACCUCCAAACUUUACUCACACUUUAUCAAAAACGUUCUUGAACGCAAACAGGUGAUCAACGAAGACCCAGCAAUAAAACUCGAGGCUGAGUUUGAGGAGUUUCUGCAGAGUAACAUUUUGUACGAGUUAGUCGACGGAAACUUGGUUCCCAAAAACAACGCAAAGCUAUCCAACGACUACGAUUUGAACGUCAAGUUCGACCGGUUUGUCGAAAAGUAUAAUAAAACCAAGAGGAUUUUGGAAUAUGUAACAUACGCCCUAGAGGGAAUAACAAAGUUCAAACACCAUGCACACAAUGAAGAGGUUGUCAACUUCCUAUCACACCUCACCCUGUAA